ACGAUGCGCACUUACCACUUGAAUCUAUUACUGCUGAGCACCGGCCUCCUGGUUUUGCUGGCCAAUUUGGGGACCGCGGCUCCUCAAGCGGAUGAGGAUGUACAGCAACUGACUCUGGCGGAUGUAAAUCAGGCAGCGGAGCAGCAGGAGCAGCCGGCUGUUCGCCUGGCCAGGCAAUUCGGAUUCGGAGGAGGACGAGGAUUUGGUAGACGAGGAUUUGGCGGAAGAGGAUUCGGCGGAGGAGGAUUUGGAAGGGGAGGAUUCGGAAGGGGAGGAUUCGGUGGUGGAUUCGGAAGACCAGGUUUCGGUGGCGGAUUCUUCCCACCACCACCUCCACCGUUCUUUGGUGGCCCCUUCUACGGCUAAGUGUUAUUAAUUUAACGUGACGUCACAUGUGAUACGAUCAGAGCAGGAUUAGCUGCAUAUAAAUCAACGCGAGCUGCUGCUCUAAUUACCCGACCAAGUGCUAAGCCAGUUUUUUAAUGCGACUCGCAUCCGUUUAAGUGGGUCGUCCUCUUUAAAUUUGCAUCCCAGGUGCUUAGCCAUCCAUUACAAUGAUGGCAUCCUGUAAGGGAAUGCAGGCAUUUCGUAUCUACAGCGUUAAUGGCUUACAUUACCCGAAGAGACAAAACUCCAUUUUAUACAAAAAUAAAAUUUAUUAUAAUUAAGUUAUACAAUAAAACGAUUUUAAACUUAA